GGGCUAUGUCUGCAACUCUACAAUAUCUUGCUGUCUUGGAUGGAGCUGUUCCCAAACCAUGCUGUGAUGCAUCCCAAUAAGAUGCUUUCUAUGGCGCAUCUGUAGAAGUUGGUGAGAGUUGUUGGGAUAUGCAAAACUUCCUAAGCAUUCUAAGAAAGUGGAGGCAUGAUGAAGUAGAGGUAGAAUAAGUAGAGUUUCCUCCCAUGACCCAAAGACAUGCAGGUUUGUAGGUUAAUUGGCCUCUGUAAACUGCCUCUAGUGUGUAGGGAGUAGAUGAGAAAGUGGGAUAAAAUAGAACGAGUGUUGACAGCUGAACCAGAUUUCCAAUGUGCUUCUCCCUGAAUUCUCCAACUACCAAGUCCUUCUCUGUAAUGAAUAGAGAUGAAAGGUAUUCAUUCAAGACGUGUUUCAGUGGAUAUCUUUAAGGCAGAGAUAGACACAUUCUUGAUUGGAACGGGUGUCAAGGGUUAUGGGGAGAAGGCAGGAAAAUGGGAUUAGGAGGCAGAGAACAGCCAUGAUUGAAUGGCAGAGUGGACAAUGGGCCGAAUGGCCUAAUUCAACACCUAUAACUUGUGAAUCUCAUCUUUACCUUCCAACCCAAUGGACAGAUUCCCACAUUGGUCCCAACUCUUUAUCCAGCUACCCUCUAGCUUUCAAUAUUGGUAGAAAAUGUUUGCCGUUUCCUUAAUCAUGCUUGCCAGUGCUCAUUUGUGCCACCGCUUUGACCUACUAAUUACUUUUUUAUUAUUAACCUAUUAUUAUUAUUACUAUUCUCAAUAUAUUUGGUCACUUAUCUCUCCUCUACCUCCUGCUGGAACAUUGGCGUAACUUUCAGAUCCCUCUCUACCUGGAAAUAUUUCAUCUGGAAAUUUGUUGGACACUCCCCAAUUAAGUGAUCGGACCUCUUUUAUGUUUAAGACCUAGCUAUGAUUGAAACAAUGUUUUAUAAAGAUAGUCAAGAAAGCAUAUGCUAUGCUUGCCUUCAUCGGUUGGGACAUUCAGUAUAAGAGCUGGGAAGUCAUGGGGCUUUAGUUAGGCCGCUUUUGGAGUAUUGUGUGCAGUUCUGGCCAUCCCAUUACAGGAAUGAUAUGGAGGCUUGGGAGAGAGUCCAGUGAAGGUUUACCAGAACAAUACCUGGAUUAGGAGAUAUUAGCUACAGGGAGAGGUUGAUAAUGUUCUCUGGUAGUUGAGGGAAGACCUGAUAGAAGUAUAUAAAAUGAUGCGAUGCAUCAAUAGGGCAGACAAUCAGAGCCUUUUUCCAAGGAUGGAAAUAUCAAAUAUUUGAUGUUUGCAUAAUGGAAAUAGCUUUAUGGUGAGAUGUGCAGGGCAAGUUUUUUUACACAAAGGGUGGUGAGUGCCUGGAACGCGCUGCCCGGUGGUGGUAAAGGCAGAUACGGAAGAAAUAUUGAAGAAACUUUUAGAUAGACUAAUGGAUAUAAAAGGAGGAACAUGGAUUGUAAGCAGACAGGUAAGUCUUGGUCUUGGUGUCAUGUUUGGCACAGACAUUGUGGGCCGAAGGGCCUGUUCUUGUGCUAUAUCAUUUUAUGUUCUAACAUCUUUAAGAUAAUUUCAUGAGUAAAACAUUUGGGAAUGGAGAACGGAUGGGCUCCACAAUCUUCCAGGGCUGGGGAAUUCAUCCCAUGGUGCAAAUGUGUGUCCUCCCUCUUCACAGGGCUUUGCAGUUCAGCUUGACUGUAUCUUUCACACCUCGGAAGACUCGAGAGUGAGAUUUAUGAUCAAAAUACCAACAAAUACUACAAAUACUGAAGAAGGGUCUCGACCCGAAACGUCAACCAUUCCUGCUCUCCAUAGAUGCUGUCUCACCCGCUGAGUUACUCCAGCAUUUUGUGCACACUACAAAUACUAAGUUAUGAUUUGUGGCGCAGUGGUAGAGUUGCUGCCUUACAGCACCAGAAACCCAAGUUUGAUCCCGUCCACGGGUGCUGUCUGUACAGAGUUUCAACGUUCUCCCUGUGGGCUUCCUCCCACAUUCCAAAGAUGUGCACGUUUGUAGGUUGUAAAUUGUCCCUCGUGUCUAGGAUAGAACUAGUGUACUGGUGAUCGUUGGUCUGCGCAGACUCGGCGGGUUGAAGAGGCCCGUUUCCAUCAAAGAUCCUAUAGCUAUAGGAUCUUUGGUUUCCAUGCUGUAUCUUUAAACAAAACCAAACUAAACUUCUUUAAAGACAAAGACAAAUAAACCCUACUCCUAACUGGUGAGAGUGGCAGCUCUUAAAACUAAAAUCUUUUUGACUGAGGGCAACCCAGAAAGGCUAAAAGAUCAGAAGAAUGAAGCUCUUCCUCUGCACACAGUGUUGUUUAGUGUACUGCAGAUCUGGGAGAUUCCCUUGUGGCAUAAUGUGGGAGGAAUAAGCAGCAGGCUCCCCUGACAGGGACUGCACCCUCCACACUGCCUGGGGUUUAAAAGAGGAAGCAGCAGCGUUUUCUCCAUAACACACGCACAGAGAAAAUGAGCCUGAGUGAAAAAUCAAGGGCUUGCCACAUUGGACGUCUAAAGUCCCAGCCGUCCGUUAAUGAAGUGCCAUCAGGCACAAUACAGUUUGAUUUGCGCAGGCAUUACUACACGAUCAGUACGUCCAUGUCCGCUGCCGUGGUGGAACAGAUCGCCUACCUCCUCUACAGUGCUCGGAUUCUCACCCAGCAUGAACUCAAUGUCGUCGUCUCCAGGACAGAAAUUCUUUCCAAGGCGUCUGAGCUACUUUCUGCUGUCAUCCGGAAAGGACAAAAAGCCUGUGGCAUCUUUCUCCAGGCCCUUAAAACGUGUGACCCACAUCUCAGUGAACAACUCGGCCUAGAACAAGCUAAUUCUUCCAGCAAAAUGUCACCAGUCUCAUUACUGAAGCCACCUUCACACACACCCACCCCAGUUGUGUGCAACAUCAGCAUCUGCAACUCAAAUCUGAACAACUGCACAUUUGGAUCUGGUAACAAUGUGUCUGUGACAACGACUAUGCCUUUAUCCAACCUCAACCACAUUGAGGAGCCACCCAUGAAGUCAGAUGAGGAAUAUGGAAAUUGCAAUGAUGCAGCAUCCGACUCCCACAUGUGCAGAGUUGCCGAAGACACGGACACAAACAGCACAGGAACCAUCCAGACCGACAUAGCAAUUGUCAGCUCCAGGUUAACAAACGUGACUGUUGGAGAAAGUAAUGUGCUUACAAUGGUGGAGGAACUCAGCAAUGAAGAGGAACUGGAAGGAGAGUUGGAAGAACAUGAUUGCAAGGAGAAAGUACACAAUGAACAAUCGAUAACACCAGAAGCUAAAUGUGGUGUACAAAAUUGAAUACAGCAGGAUGUAAUUCCGUGGGAGAGUGAAAUGCUGGAUGGGGGCAGGUCCAGUGAAUGCCACCGGUUGGUACAGUACAGAGAGCUCAGCAAUCUACAAACGAUGGCUUGUUUACCUUCACAAUUCAAUCUUAUUAUAACCCGCUCAGUGAAAAGUGAUUUUCUAUUAUUUCUCAAAAUCUCUGUUAUCUUUGCAAGGCUUUUCAAAGUCACACAACUGAGAGUGUUGACAGUAAAGUGAUCUUACUCAAAUACCCAAUUCUCUAUCCCAGACGGUUACAGUUAGGAAGUAUAUUCAUCGCUAACUAAAGUUGAUACAUAUUUGGGCGCAAGGAUAUCGAGUGAUUAACUGCAGGAACUGCAGAUGAAUCCAUGAAAGGACACAAGGUGCAGGAGUAACUGAGCAGGUCAGGCAGCCUCUUUGGAGAUCAUGGAUAAGAAGGGUCUCGACGCCAAAACGUCACCUACCCAUGUCCCAGCCAACAAUGGGCCAUUAUGGGCUUCACCCUUCCUAGGUCAUCUGUUGCGGCCCCACUUCGCUCUGGCCUUUUCCCACCUCUCUCCCCCCCCCCCCACCCUACGUCACCUAUCCUUUUUCUCCAGAGAUGCCGUCUGACCUGCUGAGCGACUCCAGUAAUUUUUGUGUUUCAACAGAGAUGCUGCCUGAUCUACUGAGUUACUCCAGCACUUAAUGUCCAUUGAUAGGGUGGGUGGAAAGGUAGACGGGAUAGGGGAUUAAUCUGAUUUUUGAAUAACGGCUUGAUGAUCUGUUCCUGAACUUAUUGCGUAUGUUGUUAAGAUAAGAUCUGCAAAAUCAUUGUAAUGAGCAGAUUAUAUCACUUCUAACCAGGGUUUGCUCUGUACAGCAUCACAAGGCUUGCCUGCCUGCCUGUCUGUCUGUCUAUUUAUUUAUUUAUUUAGUUGUUUGUUUGUUUGUUCAUUCAUCCCCCCACUUACAGGGUGUGGAGUUUAUAAUCUAUUAUGCCAGAGUGGUAUUGCUUCAUUGUUAUUUAAAUACAUGUACAAAACACAGUCAGCCUGCAAAAAUAAAAGUGUUGAAUAUUCUGAUCCAUCAGCACAUUGAUUUGGCAAUGCUAAAGCCAUGUUAAAUCACCUCCGUAUCAACAGGGGUAGUGAAUGAAUCAAUUUUCUCUGAUACCUUUUAUAAAAGCGAAUGCUUUGGUACAGAAAGUCUAUCCUUGUUCCCACACGCUCCAACGUGACCACUGAAACCAGACAGUUGAACAUUUCUCCCAGAUACCCUGACACAGCAGCAAAGCGCUACAGUCAGGCAUUCACUGGUCCUGUAUUGCCACAUGUGCCAAGUGCAAAUACAGUGAAAAUAUUUUGCCAUAUCCACGCACAAACCUGAUUGGCAACGUGACAGAACUUGUCCACUGAUGCCCCAUGCAAGAGGCGCCGUAUUUUGGCACCAUUUUCAAAGUCCAGUCCGCGCUCUAGUUAUGAACGGUGCCUGAUCCGGGCUAGCCCCAAGCUGCUGCGGGCCUCCAGCCACUGCCUUCCUUGAAGUUCUGGAUCGACCAGCGAACCCAUGUCCCUCUCCUCGCUCGCCCCGCCCACCUUUGUUCCCCGGGGGUGCCUCCCGCAGCCGACCACGAGGGCGUGGUAGGCCAGACCCCAGUCCCCUCUCCUCUCCCACUGGCCUCGCUCCUUGCCUGUCGCGUCUAUCAUCAUCACUGGCUCCAUCCUCCCGGUGUCUGGUCUUCGGGGGACGAGCAGGGGCCAGCUCUGCCACAGGGGGACCAGCUGGUUAGGAAGUAGAUUGUUUAACUACCCGAAACGUCACCUAUCCUUGUUCUCCAGAAAUGUUACCUGACCCGCUGAGUUACUCCAGCGCUAUUUUUGUAAAUCAACAUCUUCAGUUCCUUGUUUCUACAAUUUAGUCAAUGACAAGGCUUCUUCAUACCUGUGGUACAGAGAAUUAUUACGAUUCAUAGCCUCGAAGUUGCUCUUUGUCACCCUAAUUAUGCAGUCCUUUAUUGUGACGAUGUCUCCUUAGGUCCAGAUUCUCCCGUGAAAGGAGACAUCCUCUGUAAACACAAUCCAAUACAUGCAGAGUGUGUACAAUAUCUGAGGGAUUGAAAUUAACCCAUGAGGUCACAAGGAGAACGUACAAACUCCGUACAGACAGCACCGGUAGUCAGGAUC